GUCGGUGUGGUCCAUCCUUUCGACGUUUCUGUGUAUUCUGUCGGUCGGUGUGCGGCAGGCAGGAAAGAACCCAAAAGCCAGCGAAACCAGUGUCGUGCAUGUGUCGCCCUGAUCCGGUCCACACUGACGGGGGUGGGUUGCUUGUGUGUGUAUGUGUGUGUGUGUAGUGUGUUGUGUGUGUGUGCUACUGCUGCACUUUCUAAGUCGCAUUCAAAAAGAAAACCCGCUCAUCGCUCGCUAUCAAACUCAACUAGUGUUUAGUGUGUGAAACGUGGUGGUCGUGCGUGCGGUUUUAUUGAACACGAGUGUUGUGGACGCAGAUCAUUGCCGGGCCGCAAAACGUGCGCGCAACAACACACUCGUGUGUGAGCCCUUUUGUGAUUUCUGGUUACUUGGGCUGCCUGGGAGGAGGCUUCGUGAGCGUGAUCGUUUGGGCCAUCGUGAAACAGCCACCCGCCCCGAGAUGCCCCUGUUCGGCAAGUCGCAGAAAAGCCCCCAGGAGCUGGUGAAGGCACUGAAGGAGGCGGUCGCCUCGCUGGAGCGCGGCGACAAGAAGGCGGAAAAGGCGCAGGAAGAUGUCAGCAAGAAUUUGGUGUUGAUCAAAAACAUGCUCUACGGUACGUCCGAUGCCGAACCGCAAACCGAAAUCGUCGUUUCCCAGCUGGCCCACGAACUGUACAGCACCAACCUGCUGCUGCUUCUGAUACAGAACCUGAACCGCAUCGACUUCGAGGGCAAGAAGGACGUGGCACAGAUCUUCAACAAUGUGCUCAGACGACAGAUCGGCACCCGCUCGCCGACGGUGGAAUACAUCUGCACAAAGCCCGAAAUUCUGUUCACGCUGAUGGCUGGGUACGAGCAUCAGGAGAUCGCGCUGAACUGUGGUACCAUGCUGCGCGAGUGCGCCCGCUACGAGGCGCUCGCCAAGAUCAUGCUGCACUCGGACGAGUUCUUCAACUUCUUCCGCUACGUCGAGGUGUCCACGUUCGACAUUGCGUCCGAUGCGUUCUCCACCUUCAAGGAGCUGCUCACCCGCCACAAGAUCCUGUGCGCGGAGUUCCUCGAGCAGAACUACGACAAGGUGUUCAACCACUACGAGCAUCUGCUCAACUCGGAAAACUACGUGACGCGGCGGCAAAGCCUUAAGCUGCUCGGCGAGCUGCUGCUCGAUCGGCACAACUUCACGGUCAUGACGAAGUACAUCUCCAACCCGGACAACUUGAAGCUGAUGAUGAACAUGCUCAAGGAGAAGUCGCGCAACAUCCAGUUCGAGGCGUUCCACGUGUUCAAGGUGUUUGUCGCGAACCCGAACAAACCGAAACCGAUCCUGGACAUACUGCUGCGCAACCAGGAAAAGCUGGUCGACUUUCUGACCCGCUUCCACACCGACCGCUCGGAGGACGAACAGUUCAACGACGAGAAGGCUUACCUGAUCAAGCAGAUCAAGGAGCUAAAGCCGGCCCCGGACCAAUAGUCCUGCCGCGCCGAUAUUGCCACCCGCUCAUCCGCAACCGUUAGCGAAACCGUCGGCAGUGUCGUCGUCGCCGCCGCCGCCGCCCUUCGGUCGUAGUAGUGUCCAGCGCGUAGUGGCUGGAUCCUGUUCUUCGACUGUGCUCUGCAAAAAAUACCCCAGCGUCACCCCUUUUGUCACCGCCUCUCCAGAGUGUCGAACACGCGCGCUUGACUCAGACUGAACGUUUUGGUGCCCAGACGAAAGAACAGCCAAACCGAGCGGUACUAGCGCCCACAACACACACACACAUAAUCCUCAUAAACAAACACACACACACACACAAGGAGAAACACACGAAACUAGACAAAAUAGUCAUAGCGAAGCGUAAACGAACGAAUAGCGAAAAACGAUAAUAGAGGUCGAUACCGAGAGAGAGAGAGAGAACGAGAAGAACGGUGCGAAUGGAGUCACCAUCUUUAGCGAGGGCAUACGAAAUCAAUCGAAAGAGGAAGGUAUAUUACAGGGUUUUCCAGGAGUUUUCAUAGCUGUGGAGCACUUUAUUGACUCCUUCUUCCGUGAAAUGUACUUAAAGUAAUAGGAAUUGGACUCUAUAGCACCCUUGUUGGACAAAUCCAAUGGGAAUUUCCUAGGAGCCUGUCCAAAAAGAGUGCCAUCGAGUCGAAUUUUCAUCAUAUGAAGCUCAUUUCCAGCAAGAAAAAGUCAAGGAAGUGUUCCACAACUAUGAGAACCCCUGGAAAACCCUGUAUCAUACUAGGUAGGGGACGCACGCACCCACGGUUUGUAGCGGUUUAUAUUUUUCUGAUUUGAUUAUUUUUUUCUUGUUGGAGCGACGCAGAUUUUGGUCCCGUGUCUCCAGCUUAAAAUUGGCAAUUAGGAUUGGGUCUAAAAGUACGACUUAUGUUUUGUCCCAUGUGCACCCGUAGCUCAAUGCAAUUAUUCCGCGCACUUCCCCACUACCCCUCCCCUCUCAAUUGAACAUUUACUUGUGGUUUAUAUUGUGUGUUUACUUUUAUUUUAUAUUUAAUUUACUCUCUGUCCCUAUCGGUAUGCUCUAUGUGAUGCAUACACACAAGCAUAUUUGAAUGUUUCCGUUUUUUUUUGUUCUUUUUCGUUUGUUUUUUUUUUUUUUUGCUCGUACUAGUACGUUAAAGUGUUAGCCGGUUUUUUUUUAUUUUUUCAAACAUGCUGAUUGUGGGGCAUUAUUAUUGCGCGGAAAGCUUUGAGUGGAAAGGAAGAGAGCGCGAGAGCGGGACAAAAGUUAUCCGAUACAUAGUGUUAGAUAAAAGAUAUAUAUUGUAAAUAAUUCUAUUCCACUUAUAUUUUGGCCCACGGGGUUCGCAGUUUGACGCGAUUUAUUACCAGUAAAGAAAUGAAAGCUCGAGUGCGCAAAGGGCUAAAAAGGGGCCCCCGCAAUUGCAAUCGCAUCAUAAGCCCUCUGCCCGCUUUGUGCUCAAAUGUCGCGCUCGGUUCAAGGUAAUUGGUAGGGUUUUGCAAUAAGCGUUUUUUUUGUUUGCAUCCCUACCGCAACACCAGCAGAGAAGUGGACUCAACCCUAACCAGAAAAUCAGCGCACAUCCCUGUACUCAUCCCCUUUGGCUAGUUUAAUAGGAUUCCGAUUAAGAUUUGGUUUCACUUUUCUCAACCCGAAACAAAACGCCAAAAUUGUAAAUGCGAACGAUUUUGCCACCAGCACCAGAUCCACAAAUAAUGAGCAAUACGAUAGCACUGGAGGACAGGAACAUUGAGUAUACUGUUUGAGUAUAAUACAACAACAGUAGCAGACAAAAAAAAUCAUAAAGAAAUCUACCCGUUGUACGGAAAUGCGCUUAAAACCAAAACGCCAGGUUUUGGUUGAAGGGGUUUUAUUUGCUUUUUGCUGGAAAGCUUAUUUGCCACUAGCCAAUUUCAAUGCGAACUGAGAACGAAGACCCGCCCCCCCCCCCCCCCCUGCCAGCACAUAAUUUCUAAUCAUUAUUACAAAAGAAACAAAAUGCGGCAUUUGCACGUUACAUGCGAAAACGAAUGGUAUAUGGGGAAAAGGCAGCGGGAAAACAAGGGAGAGCGAAGGGAAACCCAGUAGCAUAGUAGCGCGGCAUUAAGAAAAGUGGGUAUAUAGUAGAGUCAUAGGAUUUUAAAGGCAAAGGAAAAAAGCAUAAAUAGACUGUGUCUUAUAUUAGCGUCAGCAAAAUUAGAUGAUAAAUCCAUACUACCCUCUCCACUCUUACCCCCACUGGUCCCCAUCUUCCCCCGCCCUUCCGGGGGCUGUUAUUUUAAGCUGCUUCUGUAAUCCAAAAAGCCCCAUCCGCCAAUCACAUACCCGGUCACGGGUAACGAACGUAAUUAGUACGGUUCCGCACGAUUCGGUUAUUCGAAAUUUUAGCAAAACUCAACGCUCCUAACCUGAGCAUCCACUCGUUUCAGUUGUCAAAUUUGAUGCAAAAAUGUUUUCGGGCUUUUCUUUAUAUUAUAUUUUACAUUUUGAAUAGUUUAUUUUGCGCUGGUCAGAUUGUUUAAACCCUUCCAAAUUUGGUUUGCAGCCACAACCCUCCAACCCGGGAAUUAGUAGCAACCUUCACUGCUGUAUCAGCCGUUCGGUUUACGAUCAUUUGGGCGUGUACCGUAUGUGCAUGCUGGUCAUUUAUGAGAUUUCUCACUCCGUUUCCGGAGCGGUAAUGGUGGAUAUUGUUUAAUGCAGAAACAUAAUUAUUGAAUAAAAAUCUCUCUUUCCAACGGUGAGGAACCAACAUAAUAAAAAGAGCAGUGGUAAAAUCAGUUCACACAAUCACACACGCAAAAGCAUAUAUGAGAAACGUGCAAAUACAGUAAUAAGUGCACAUCAGAACGGAGAUUCCCAUGAAUACCUGGAUACGAGAGAGCUAAACCCUCCAAUCAACGCAGGAAUUUCUAAACCAAUGGCUGCUAGCAAAGAGAAAAAAAGUGUAUUGAUUUAAUUCUCUAACUAUGUUACUCAGCAAAUAAUUUGUGCUUGUUUGGAUCGAUGAAACGAUAGGAAGCGUUAGAAAUAUUCAAAUACAAACAUUUUUGCCAAACACCAUC